UAGGCAAACAUAAUGGCAUGCAAACAGGAACUCACUUGUUAUUAUAUUUCUUAAUAUGCCAAUAUGAUAGAGAUCUUUCAGUACUAUGAUUGGAUGGAAUGGUUUCGGUAUUAGAUCUUGCUCUAAAAAAAGUCCCUACAAAGUUAUGACUUAUGACUUUUUUUUUGACAAGUACAAACUUGUUGCAAGGAGUGGCUGCUGUAUAUUAACAGAGUCAAAUCAAGUGAAGGUUCAUUUUCUCAGGCUGCUGGCAUUUGAAGACAGAUUACUUCACUGAAACAGUUGACAUUUCCUGCUCUAAUCAUGGCGGCAGCAGAUCUUUUAUGUGAUUCUCUCUUGCGCUGGCUGGAGAACCGAAGGGAAUGUGGAAAAAAGCUGUUGGAACUGGCACAAGAGCUGGAAAAUGUUACUCGGAGUAGCAAAGCUGGAGCUGCCAAAUCUGUGGCCAGCCCUGCAGUGGCUGACCCAGCAGCAGGCACUGCAGUCAGCGUCACUUCCAAAUUGGUAGAGGCAGGUAUCUCCAGGAGUACCUUUAAUAAAGCUACUGAAUUAAUUAAAGAAGAUGAGAAGGUUGGGAAGAGCAUUCAGAAGCAACUGCAAGAUCUGAAGGACCGAUGUGGAGGAGCAAAGCUCGGGGCUCAUGCUGAUGAGUUGGAGUGUGAGGUGGUCACUCAGCUGAUGUGGGCUCUGGCCAGAAGGAAUAAAACUCUGGUACCCCUGGACUUUCUCAGAGGUUUCAACAGGGCCACGUUCUUUCGUCACAUGACACCAGGUGGACUGGAUCCAGCCAAGGCCUCGUGCUUAAUUUGCCAAGCUCUGGGCCUCGCAAGAUCCCCUGAGAUCACGAGUAGCCUAAAGGUAUCUGCUAAAGAAAUGAUGAAGAACACUGGACAAAUUGGUAUUAAAGCUGCAGUUAAAGCAGGAUCAAAGGUACCCAGUACGAUUAAUUUAAGCAUGUCUCUGUAUGACUUGAUUGACCAGUGUGAAGAAUUAGUAAAGAGAAAAAAGGUCGCGGAGGCCAGCAAGUUCUUACGGGAUUCAGCCAGGGAAAUACCGGAAGGCCAACAAAAACUAAAGGAACAGCUGGAUGCAAUGCACGAAAUCAUCCAAAAAUUGUUCCGAAUGAAGAACCUCAUCAAGAACUUGCGGGGAUAUUCUCUCACCCUGAAUCAAGAUGAAAAGAACAUAAUGGACUAUAUCAUGGGAACAUGUACAGACAGCACAGUUGUCUCCUGGCUUCAGGGAGUAGAUCAGAUUCAAUUUGUAAAUCUUCUAAAAUUUGUUCUGAACUUUUUAAAUUCCAGUUCUGUGAAUUUGAUAGAGCCUGGCGGAAAUGACAUAGACAUUGUGUUUGUGGGUCAUGGCAGAAUUGUCGACCAAUUUAUGCCAGCAGGUGGCCUGGUGCCCACACCUAACAUCCGUGACACCAUUCUUUACUCUCCGUGGAACUGCAGCAUUGAUCCUAACACUGCAUUUGGAAUUGCUCAGGGGUUCAUUCAAGUGACAGACAGAGAGUUUUACAAUACGAAUGCCAAUAUGGUUAACUAUGAGCCGAACCCUUUGCCACAACGCUGGAAUAGCAUGCGAGGAUCUCUCCAGAACAUCCCAGGGAUCUUUCUAGCCCCUGUGACCCCUGCAGAUAAUGCAUGGGCCCCUCUUUUGGAACUUUGGAGAAAUAGAACCAUGGAAAUAGAAGACCGUGUUAUUAUGCCAUAUGCUGUUCCACAAGAUCAGGUAAACGCAUUUGGAGAGAUCCCCCUGUACAUAUUCAUAUUUGCGGCGUCAGUUAUACUCAUGAACCAUGGUAAAACAGCUACUGUGCACCUGGUUGCUUGUUUGGGCCGUGGAGGAAGUACACCAAUGCCAGCAGAGUGGAGAACACAGUAUGCCUACACAAGUGAUGGAACCUAUAUGACUAUGAACAUUGGUAAUAGGAACAUGAACUCUAUGUUAUUCAGUGCCUUAAGACCACUGUUUGACAGAAACCACAGAUAAAUCACCUGAACAGCAUCUGGGUCAUUCCUGACAUGUACAUGUAGUACCAUGAGCGACCCAGAGUGGAGCAGUUUAAUGUCCAUGAAGAGCUCAUUUAUUCAUAUUGGAAGAACUUAUAUAAAAGAAGAUAGUUUAGGUCUUUCUAUCACAUCAUAUUUACUACUGCCAUGUUUCAAACGCAACGUAAGGAUAUCUGGAAAUCUUUAAAGCUUUAAAAGAGAUUGAUUAGUGUGAAGUCCUUUAACAGUUUUUUUAAUUCACUUUUGUACUAUUUUCACAAGUAAGGUGUACAUUUUUAAAACUCUUAGUACAAAACUCCAAACUGAUCACACUUGUAACACAGCUAGUCAUUCUUUCAAACCUGAUCUCAGGCUUUCAUUCUAGUUGUACAUAUUUUCAUUUUACAUAAUCACUGUCUCAAAACACAAGAUCAUUGUGAUAUGUAAUGAGAACAUUUGGUUUAAUCACAGAAACACAACAGUAUGAUCUUCUUUCACUCUAGUUCUUUUAACAUUCAGUUAAUUCAAUAGCAAACAAUGCAAGAUACAUGUUUCAAAUCACCUUUGAUGCUGAAAUAAUUACAGUUACACAAGCUACAGAUGCAACAAUACAUUACCUAAAUUACUUAAUUGGCAUAAAAUCCAUAAUGUUUGUUACAGUAUCUUUUCAGUGUGUUUUCAAAAGGUGUGAUGAAGUUAUGAAAUGGGCAUGAGGUUUUGUGUGAGGAGAGAGCUUGCUGCCAAUACAGUAAAUGAUCUGUGUGUCUUAACGUUGGGUGUCCAUGUCUUAUAGAGACAUUCCAUAGACAUAAUGGUUUUAUACUGUACAAACUGUAUAUUCUCUCCACCUACCCCUAAACCUACCCAAUACAGAAAACCUUCUGAUAUUUUAGAUUUUCAAAAACGUCAUUCUGUAUGAUUUAUUAGUUUAUUUCCUUAUGGUGACAAAAAAAAUAGUAUGCCCCCACAAGGUCAGAAUUUACUGGUAUUACUAUACUGGUGGGGACAUUUGGUCCCCAUAACGUAGGGAAUACCACACACACACACACACACACACACACACACACACACACACACACACACACACACACAGGGUGAAUCUGGCCCUAGAUCAGGUGUUUGUGACAUUGUGACACAACAAACCACCAGUGAACUUCCUGAAUGUCUCAAACAGGUCCUUAAGCAGGUCUCAUCAGUGAUUUGGGGGGGCCUGCUGGUUGGACGGGCAUUGUAGAAAUAAAUAUGUUUAUUUGUCAUAUGAUGAAA